CUGCUGCAAAAGCGAAUUUUUCACUUCCUGGGGUCGGCGGAUGAACUGCUGCUGCUGCUGCCUCCCCCCUACCCUAAAGGAGACUUGAGCAGUCAAGUCGGACAUAUUUCCUUUUUUUCUUCAACGCCUUGAAAGCUCCUCUUUUUGGGGGGAGGGGGAUGCAGAUUUCUGUCUCCUUUCGGCUCCCUCCUCUGAGACAAUAGAAAGGCGAUGCUGAGGUCAGCUUAAGAGCCAGAACGGCAUCUCAGUCGGGGGGGCGACGUCUGCUCGGGUCAGCAUUCAUGGGCUGAACCUCAAAACGAAGAGGGGGGGGGGAGAAAAACGAGGAGGGUGUAAAAAAAAGUUACCUUUCUGGUUUUCUUUUUGCUAAAAAGAUGCGUAUUUAAUUAAUCUCGAUUUUGGAGUUGCCUCUUCCAUUUUUUUUAGUAUUAUUAUUUUUGGUGGUGCAAAGAGAUUGGAGUCGCCCUGAAGCGCCCUCUCCAAAAAAGCAAAGCAACCCAGCACACGGGGGAGAAACAGGCGACCUGACUUGUGCGUCCGUUCUCACGUGAACGAAAGCGGGGAGGUCUUCGGAGCAGUUGCAAAAGGGAUGCCAGGGGCUGCGGUGUGAAGGAGCAAGCGGACAGAAACCAGCACCCCCAGAUCAGCAGAGGGGAAGGACAGCGCCAGAUCCAGCUGGCUCUUCGACCAUGGGACAUCCUUGGAGCAGACGCCCUCGGAUUUUGACACCUGCGGCGGUGAUGCUUGUAUGAAUUUUCUCAUUGUGGAUCUGUUGAACGUCCUGCCCCUAUGUAACGUAAGCUCCUCAGUACCGUGAGCCUCAAAGAAUGUCGCCAUUAAACCACAAGAGCUUAGCUGAAUGUAAGACAAAAGCACUGUAUCGUGCCUGGAAAGGACAGCUGUUCAUUCAGGAGCAGCGAGUGUGUGACAUCAUCCUUCGGUCGCCCUUUAGUGACUGCAUCCCAGCACAGCUGCCAGCCAGACUAGAGAUCAGAUAUGUUGUGGCUGUAUCUGACUUGAGAAAAAAGUUGCCUGAAGCUGUAUUUGGGAAAAACAAUUACGCAAAUCAUGAAGUCUGUUAUCAAGGCAUUUCGUUUCAUUUAUAUGAAGUAGAAAUAUUAAGUCAAAAUGAACAGAAGGUGAAUCAGUUAAUAGACGGCUUGAAAGAAAAAGAUCUGGCACUCGUCAGAUAUUUAAAUGACCGGGGGAUUCUCAUCUUGCUUGCUUCCUCUGCCCUAGCCAAAGAAAAGGAUUCUGGCCCAGAUGAAUCUACCUGUCUUCAGGCCUUGUUUUUAAUCUCUUCAUCAAGGCCAAAGUGCCUAACAGCAAGAGAUUUGAAAUGCAAACCUGGCGGAAGUGAGAGAUCUUUGCAAGUCGCUCUGGUUCUGCCAGGCCUCCGCCAUGCCGUGGCAGAAGCAGUCAAGCAUCCUGAUGACAAAGGGACCCCUCUGAAUGCUUUGGUUAAGCUGCACCUCCAAGACUCUGCAAAGCUCGCUAAGAAUUUGCGGCCAACCUCCAGCAGUCCCAAUAAUCCACCCUUCUCUUUUGAUCUGUUCUCAAUGAAGAUAGACCUUGACACUCUCUCUGAAAAGUGCCCCCAAAGCUCUUUUUCCCGCCUGCAGCACUACCUGUCUCACCCCCAGAACUAUACGUUGGAGAUGUCAGCGGCCGCUGCUUGUCUGGAUGGCGGAUCUCAGUCUCUCAGCCGCAGCGGUAACGUGCAGGAUGCUGACAGUUCUUCAGGCUUAAGUUUGGACUCUUUGCCUCCUGACGGGGCCACUGGCACUGUUGAAACUGGCAGGACUCGGUGUGCCGGACAGUCGAUGCCGCGCGGCAGAGAUGCUCCUGGGAAAACCAGUCAGGCUGGAGAGCGGACUUUGCAGCGGUGCAAGAGGAAAUCCAGCAGGCUCCUUGGGGCAAGCGCCAGGAAGAAAUGGUCCCCCCUGAAGGUCCUUUGCAUCAUGGACAGCAGCAAAAAGCGGAAGAAAACCCGAAAGAAAAAGGCGAGUCUCUCCCCUCCAGCUUCCAAACAUCCGGGAUCCCCUGGAGUCUCUAACGAACCCACCCUUAAAUUAAAAAAGCUUCAGAAUCCGCUAAGAAGGAAAAGAGGGGCAGAGGUUUUGUCUGCGGAAUUUGUGCAGAGAACGAGGUGUGAGUUGGCCGUGAAAGCUGUGUCCUCUUCCGAGGGUCUUGGUGUGCAAGAGAAGAAGCCCCGGCUCUUGAAGCACAAAAAGGGCUCGGCUGCAGAAAAGGUUACGAGCAAGGAGAAAAUGAGCACAAGGAGUCAAGUGAAAAGGAAAAGUGCCCGUUGCAGUAUGGAUAAAAUCCCUUUGGCAAGCAAGGGGGGGGCUGGCGAUGGGAACAAUCGUUUGGGUGAGAGAACAGCGCCUCUGGGUGCGUGCCUGUCUCCGAAAAGGGAUGAGUGUGACUCCCAUGCCUUGAACAUGCUGGCUGAUCUGGCGCUGAGCUCUAACUCUCCACUUCUCAGUAAUGGCAACGGGGCCUCCGUGCCCUUCAGCCCAUCCCGGGAACGCCGACGCUUCCUUAAAGGGAAAGUUUUGGGCAAGUCUUCCGACCACGAAUAUCACAGAGUCACAAAAAAAUGGAAAGGAGCUUCCCUUUUUGACAAAGCUUUCCCAGAGUCUCUUUCGUCUCCUGGGCAAACUGAUCAAAGCACAGAGACACCUUCCAGCUCUCAAGAGAGAGGCCGAGCAGGUUCCAGUAAAAAGGGGGGCACAAAGUCCAGUUCAUCUCAGUCCCAUGCGGUACCUCUGAAGGAGACUGGCUAUCUUUCAGAUUCGAGUAUGCACUCCUUGAUUUCAUCCGAGCACUCGUAUGCCUCCCUGGCAUCGGAACCUUCAAAGAAAGGGGGCCCAGGUUCUCCCAGCUCUAAGAAUGGGGUGAAGAACUCUAAGGCAGGCCCUUUAGUUGGGAAAGUGCUGCCUUUCCGGCACCAGCAGAACAUCUGCCACCCGCCCAAGCAAUUUAAGAACUAUGUGCUGCACAUGCGCUCCGCAAUUAUGGCUGCGAGGUUGAAGGAAGACUUCUCCAAGUCCCACAGAGUGACCAUUUGCGACAAAAUUGUUACAGUGACUUUCCAGUGGGAGGCAGAAUACCUCCUCAGUUUAGAUAGCAAAUACACUAAUAAUUCCUUAGAGAAAACAGUAAUUCGAGCUGUACAUGGGCCCUGGGAUGCCAGCUUGUCAGAUGAUGUGGAAGAAAUGAAGCGCAUACUUCACAUGUGGGUGGCACUAUUUUAUAGCAAGCCUUUCAAAUCCCCUACCGUAAGGAAAGUGGUUGAACACAGCAACCCUGCCAAAUAUGUAUCGCUGAACAGUAUCGUGGACCCUUUGGAACUAACUGACGACCGCGAGGGAUCGUACAGUUUGGAGAAGUGCCCCGCGGACUCUCUCUCCGAGGCUAACCAGACAUCUAGCGAAGCUGAAGAGAGAGCCGUUUCUCCCUCCGAGAAGCCCCUCUCUUCUAACGAACUGUCCUCUACAAAUUGCAUAGAGGACGAGCCUCCUCUCGUUAACCCUGAGGACACCAAUGACCAGAAGGAAGAGCAGCCCCAUGCUGCUGCCAUCAAUCCUGAAGAGCCCACUCAUCCUUUUGAUGAGGUGGCUGGAGAGGAACCUGAUGAAGAACAUUUUUGGCAUCCCAUCUCCUCUGUUGAGAGCCGGAAUGGAAACUUGUCAGAUGAGUGCAUUGAUGGGUGUACAAGGCCUCGGGCAUACCGAACUGAGGCGGAGGUGGAAGCCAGUGGAGCGGUCAACUUAGCGGAAGUUUCCCAAAGCGAUGCUGCCUCCCCGGAGGAUGAACUCCCAGCAGAUUCAGCCGGCAAACAGCCUGUUGCAACCACCAUGGCCUCCAUUUCUGCGGAGAAUUGGGAAACGAGUGCUGCCUCUCCUUCUGCAGAGGAGAAGGGGAGCAGUCACAGGAUGUUGCUGCAUCCUUCUGAAGCGGCGUGGCUAGAAGGAAAAGCUGAGUGCAGAGAAGAUUAUAGACCAUGCAGAGAAGCGAAAGGGUCGCAAGAUCUUUCCCUAGAGGAAGAUAUAGAAGGAGAAACCAUGGAGUGGGAAUCCAUUGAUCUAGCUCUUUCAGACAGCAAUGAUGCCGACUUGGAACCUCGAGAUGUGGACCUGGAUCAAGAGAAUGAAGAAGAGGAGAGUUGUGUAACAGAGAGAGAAAUGACCAGUAUGUGCGAUGGAGCAUCACCUGAUGAUGGCAGCACACUUGCUUCUCUAACAUCACCAGUUACAGUUUCUGAGCAUCUGACAGAAUUGCCUGGUACCCAAGAAGACUAUGUAGCGUCAGCCCCAAAUUCUGCAUCUCUAAACACAACAGGUGUGGUUGAGGGUUUCUGCUUUUCUCAGGAAGAUAAAAUUGACAAUCUGGUUGAUUCGGCUUCAUUGCAGGCUAGUCCUGUUAAUCAAAUAACUUGUGCUGAAGUAACCACAUCUCCGAGGACUGAAGAUGCUGUUGAAUCGGCCAAACUUCCCAUAUCUCUAGACCAAAUGGAUGUCAUUGAAAGCUCCUGCAGUUCCCUGGAAGAGAAAGAAAUCAGCUUAACAGAGUCAGCUUCUGAAUCUUUUCAAGUACAAAAUGAUAUUGCGACUCGAGGAGAAUCUGUAGAGAGUCAAGCCUCUCUUGUGUUGGCAACCCCUCCCAUAUUUUCAAACCCAGUUGAUUUGGUUGAUAUUUCCUUUGUUUCCACAGAAGGGAAAGGAAUGAAUCUGGCUGAUUCACUUUCACAGCAGGCUAGUCCUGUCCAUGAGACAGCUCCUGAUGAAGUAACAGAGUUACCAAGUGCUCAGGAAGACUCUGUGAAAUUGACUAAACACCAAGUAUCUCUAAAUCAAAUGGAUUUGAUUGAAGAUAUUUCCCAAGAAGACUUUCGCCUGGCAGAUUCAAGUCCACUGGAAAGUUGUGAACAGUGCCAAAUUCAGAAUAAUACGUCGGCUCAAGGGGCAUCUGUAGGGAAUCAAGAAGAUUUUGUUGUAUCAGCCCCAAAUCUUACACCUGCAAAAGAAAUGGUCUUGGUUGCAGGUUCCUGUGCUUCUCAGGAAGAGGGUGGGAUCCAUCCAGCUGAUAUGGCUGAGUUGCAGGGUAGUCCAGUCUAUCAAACAGUAUCAGAUGAAGACGCAGAAAUGCAGUCUGCUGCAUCAGCCAAAACUAUUACCCUUGCAGACGAAAUGGGUUUAGUUGAUGGCUCCUGCAUUCCCCAGGAAAAGGCAGUCGUCCACCUGGCUGACACAGCUCCAUUGCGAGCUAAUGAACCACACAAGGUACAGCACAGUACAGUCACUCAGGAGGAAUGGAAGGCCAGGCAGACGACGGAGUUGCUCAGUGAUUCUCCAGGCCAAAAAGAAUACCAGAGUUUGGAGUUGGAUAAUGCAGAGUUUGAAGCCAAUUCUGAAAAUCAAAAGUGUGCUGUCAAAGAUGAGAAUAUUGGAGUCUCUUCUGUAUCUCAAGAAUUGGCAUCUGAUGAUGAUAAGCUAAGGCAGACGAUAGCUACUGUGCCUGAAGAGAUCAAGUCCUUCCUUUGUGAGUUGAUGGAUACUGUGAGUGCCAUGACAGUGGAGUGUGGAAAAGCUUGUCCAAAAGAGAAUUCAGACUUAAAUUGGAUUAGUUCUGUAACUCUGGAGUGUGUGACCCCUCCUGAGAGUGAUGAAGAGAGCCGUGCAACUGGUCAACUUGCCCAUCCUGACCCAAAAUGGAUGCCCAGUGAGUAUUCUGAGCAGUGCAACGUCUCUGUUGGCCAAGAGAGAGACUUGCACCUGACUUUGCAAGGGCAAGGCCGGUAUCAUUCAGCAUUGCAUGAAAGCAUGAGUGCUGAUCAAGUGGAUAUGGUUGAAAGGAGGUCUUGUGAAGAGACUAAAGCUGCUGUGGAUGUCUUUUCAAGUUCUUGUUGUGUGGAGUGGGAAAAGACGGGCCCCAAAAGUCCAGAAUGCAAAUUCCCAUUGGUCAAAUCAGCUGACUCCCCAAAGGAUGAUGAUUCUCCUGCUUCUGUGUUAAAUGGGACUGAUCUAGGAAAAGCUAGCCCAGAAGCAUCCAUUUCUGAGGGAGAAGACCAGUUCAGGGAGGAGUGUAGAGAAACAGGGCCCUUUGUGCGGGCAGAACAUCAGGUCGAGUAUUCAUCAGAAGGAUCUGGUUCACCUAUGCAUGAAGACAUGGGGGAUCUGUAUGAAGAUGCAAGGGAGAAUCCGGAGGACCCUGAAGAUACUCUGCAUGAAGGCACAGGAGGGAAUCUGGGGGAUCUUGAAGAUACUCUGGCCAGCGAAAGAACCGAGUUGCCUACCAGAGCCACCGGUAUGGAUAAGUCUAUUUCCAUGGGUGGCGACAAAGACCUUUUUGGAGGGCUACAUCAUAGAGGUCAGUCUGAGAGAUCAUGUACAAGAUCCACAGCCUCACCAGGAGCUACAGAAACUGAUUCCACUUGUGAGCUGAACCUGGAGAAAGAGCGCCACGAAGGUGGCGAUUGGAUGUACCUAGAAAAUGAGGAGAGGGUGCCUGACCUUGAGGCUGAGAUUAUCCGAUAUGACUGGCCUCUUGCGUUUAAAGGAGGUGGCCGGUCUGUGCUGCCUUCUCUUGAGACCAGUAGCGGGCCAGGAACCCUAAAGGAUUAUUUAAACUUUUCUAUAACCAUGAAGCACAAAGAGACAACGAGAACUUUUCACUCUUCCAAGAGGCGGGGCAGUUUUGCAGGAGAACUGGGCUUCACAAACUCCUCCGAUUGGACUUGGAGAGUUUUGAAUGACCCCACUCAGAACACUCUCGAUAUGGAGUGUUUGCGUUUCCAUGACAAGCUAAAACGCAUCCUAAAGAAAACACAACUUCCUACCUCCAGGGAUGUCUUUGCAACAGAGCUUUCACCUCAGGUAACAGCAGAAAAACUCCCAUUGAGGAAGGUCCUUGACACCCCUGCUUUGAGUCCACCACCCAGAAGCAGAAGCCCGCUUCUGAUAACUAUUUUGAACCUGGGCCCAAGAUAUGGUGCUGCACCUUGUCCCCCAACAAGCAGCAGAUAUAGUGACCUCCUUGCACCACCUCGUCCUCCUUCACCUCCUCUUGCUUCUUCCCAGGAUUCAGUUAGCAAAGCUGCUAGAAUGAAAAGUGCAGGCCAGGGGCCAGUCCCUCCUUUUCACCUCAACAAGUUGACGUACAAUAAUAAGCUAAAAGAUUUCCGAGGAGAUAUCUCGGUCAUCAUGGACGAGUUUGCCGAGUUGAGCAGGGUGAUGGCAUUGGGUGACAGGCAGGCGAGUAAUCGAGCGAGAGAUCCAAAUUCUCCUACCUCAGAAGAUGCUCCGGAGAAACAGGGUUCCUCCUUGCCUAGGAGGGCAGCCUCCUACGAGCACCUCUUCACAGAACUGUGCAGCACACUACAUUUGAGACUUAAAACUGUUGCCCAGGAGGCAUGCAAAAAACCGUACGUGUUCUACCUGGUGGAAACAGACGACGAUCCUUUCUUUGGGAGAGUGAAGAAUUUGCUGAAAAAAGGAGGUCACACGGAAAUGAAGCCUCUACAUUUUUGUAAGACAAGCCACCCGGAGGCGGACAGACUGUUGGUCAUCAUUAGGAAUGAGGACAUAUUUCCACACAUACAUAAAAUCCCUUCCUUGCUGAGGCUAAAGUACUUUCCCAAUGUGACUUUUGCUGGUGUGGACAGCCCCGAGGAUAUCUUGGACCACACAUAUCAGGAGCUGUUCCACAGUGGGGGCUUCGUGGUGUCUGAUGACACAGUGCUUGAGACGAUGACAGUAGGGGAACUGAAGGAAACAGUCAAGACCUUAGAGAAGCUGAAUGGUCACGGGAGGUGGAGGUGGCUCCUCCACUACAAAGAGACCAAGAAGCUCAGAGAAGACGCAAGGGCGGAUUCUGCUGCACACGCCAAGGAAAUGUUCCUGAAAUCCUGCCAGGGGGCCAACCUCACAGACAUUCUCCACUACCACCAAUGUGAUUCCAAGUCCUCCCUGAGAUCGGAGCAUCUGAAUUGCUUGCUGAACUUGCAGGUUCAGCACAUUGGCAGGAGGUUUGCUGUGUUUCUCACAGAGAAGCCCACCACCAGCCGAGAAGCCAUGGAGAACAAGGGGAUCCUGGCCCUGGAUGUAAAUACUUUCGUUGCAACAGCGGAAGAGAUGGCAGCACCAUUUAGACGUGGCUGUUGGUAAUCAACAUGGAUGCCUUCCUGACCCCUCCGUGGUCCUGCCUCAGAACACUGAACAAAGCUAUUUUCUGUUUGUUCUUUCAGUCCUUGGAGAGACAUUACUUUUCUGUUACCAGACUUGCACAAUAAAACUUGUGCAUGCAGACAAAAUACAUAGGAUGGGUUUUCCCCCUCUCAUUCCUUGAAUAGAAACUGUAGCUGUUGUAAGGUCUGCAGAGAGGUCUUCUCUUUAUUUAACCACAAUGUGGAAACUUCAUAAGGAAAAUGUGUGGUGUUGCUUUUUUGUUGUUAUCAAUUUGUCUUCAAUUGAGAACACAUGUCAGUGAUCGGGUUGUGCAGCUAAUUAGAACCGUCAUAGGAAAAACAAAGCCUGUUUACUUGAAGGGUUAGGUAUCUGUCUGUUAUUGAAACCAGUUUUUUCCAGUCAUGGUACAUAAUAGGCCCAAUCCACCUAGAAGUUUCCUGGUUAUGCUACCCUGUUUUUGCAUAGGUCAGAUUCAACAGCACUCGGGCAGGAUGGCUUUCAAGUGGAUGGCGACUGGUGUACUUGAAUCACAAGCAACUUAGGGUUUGGUUUCUUUUUCUAAAACACAUCAAAACCAAGUAUUUGAUGUUACUGUGCAAUGAACACUACCUUUCAAGUUUUCUUCCUUCUUUUGCCAAUGGUUGUUAUUAGCUAGUAAUGGGUAGAACUUUCCCCCCUUGUAGAUAAGAGUUUGAAUUCUGGACAUAAGCCGCCGCCUCCAUCUCUAGUGUAUUUAUGGUAUUGCAAUAAAGGGUCACACUAGAUUACAGCACUAAUGAAAGCAAAACAUUGUAAGAUACCUUGCGUGUAUCUCUUUGGAGAUUUUUUUUUUGUAACUAAUCUUUAUAAAUAAAGCUGAAGAAAGUGUUA